AUGAUUAAAAGUGAAGGUCAAGAUCCUGCAAACAAAGUUUGUUUUAUUGGUGAAUUAAAAUCAAUUUUAAAACAAACUAGAAAUUGGAAUUUACUAUUAUUCAUAACCACAAUAAAGUUAUUGUUAAUUCCAUCAUAUUUUAGUACAGAUUUCGAAGUUCAUAGAAAUUGGUUGGCAAUAACAUCAUCAUUGCCAAUUUCAAAAUGGUAUUUUGAAAAUACUUCGGAAUGGACAUUAGACUAUCCACCAUUUUUUGCAUGGUUUGAAUUUACUCUUUCAAAAGCAGCAUAUUAUUUCGAUAAAGGAAUGUUAGAGAUUAAUAAUUUAAAUUACUCUACUAUUCAAACCAUUUUAUUUCAAAGAUUUUCUGUAAUUUUUUCAGAUUUACUUUUUAUAAUUGCAACAUUACUUUUAUCAAACUUAAUUUAUUCAAAUAUUAGCAACAAUAACAAAAAUAACAAGUCCUCAUCACAAUCAUUGGCAUGGUAUCAAGAUAAAUCAUUUUUAGUAUCAUUAAUUGUAAUUUUAAAUCCAGGUUUAUUAAUGGUUGAUCAUAUUCAUUUUCAAUAUAAUGGGUUUUUAAAAGGUAUACUUAUUUUAUCAAUGUAUUUUAUUAUUAGAGGCAAUAUUUUAGUUGGGUCAGUUUUAUUUUGUGUUUUAUUAAAUUUCAAGCAUAUAUAUAUGUAUAUGGCACCAGCUUAUUUUGUAUACCUUUUAAUUUAUUAUUGUUUUGAAAAUAAAAAAAACAACAAAUUUUCAAUUUCCAAUAUAAAUAUCUUCAACUUUAUCAAAUUAGGAAGCUCAGUUUUAUUCAUUUUUGCAUUAUCACUUGGACCAUUUAUAGCCAUGGGCCAAAUUCCUCAACUUUUAUCAAGACUAUUUCCAUUUGGUAGAGGUUUAUCUCACGCAUACUGGGCCCCAAACUUUUGGAGUUUGUACAACUUUUUAGAUAGAAUUCUUUUAUUUAAUGGUCUAUAUAAAAAAAUCCCAUUCUUUAAAGAUUUAAUAAUCUCUAGUGAUGUUUCUGGAAAUUUAACAUCUGGUCUUGUAGGAAGUGAUAGUCAAACCCAUGCAAUCUUACCAAAAAUUACUCCACCAAUCACUUUACUCAUUACAGUAUUAUUUUUAAUUCCUUCAAUUUAUGGAAUUAUAAAGAGUAAAAAUUGGAAAGAUUUUAUUUUAGGUAUAUGUCAAAGCUCAUUUACAUUCUUUAUGUUUGGAUGGCACGUUCACGAAAAAGCAAUCAUUAUGAUCACAAUUCCUUUAGGAUUUUUAAGUUUAGCAUCAAAUAAUCGUUUUUCAAAAUUAUAUUUCAUUCUCUCAACAGUUGGUCAUUAUUCACUUUUCCCACUUCUUUUUAAACCAACUGAAAUAACAACUAGAAUAUUAGUUUUAGCAUUUUAUACUAUUUUAUUAUAUUUAUCAAUAAUUUCAACUAAUCAACAAUCUCAAUCAAAAAAGCAAAAUAAUAAUAAUGGUUUAGGUUUAUAUUUUUACGAAAUAGUUUAUUUAAUUGGUUUGAUUGGUUUAGAAAUUUUCAAUAUUUUUAUUCAUCCAUUCUAUUUAGCUCAUAUCGAAAAAUAUUCCUUCAUAGCCCUAAUGAUAACAUCAGUUUAUACAUCAAUUGGUAUUCAUUAUUGUUAUCUUUAUAUUUUCAAAUUAAUUUUUUCAAAAGAUUAA